CCUUUCUCUAUGUUAGAUUCAACUUGGAAAGACCACACAUGGAGACAACUUAUUUUCUCUUACUUCACUCCCCACUCAAAUAAGUUAAACUUACCUGGCUGGCCUCAUUAUUCAUGCCAAUCACACAAAAGCAAACAACACACUUGCAACACUCCGCCUCUGCCCUCCUCUUUUGCUUCUUCUUAACAAACAACUCCAAAAGUAAAAGAGAAAUAAACAAAUAUCCUGAUUAAAUGAAGAAAAAGUGCUCUAGUUUAUCAUCUCCUUGUUUUCUUCAAAUGAUAUUAGGAAGUGUUUGGUUGAUGAUAAUAUGUACAUUGGUAAAUUUGGAGAAGUUUGGUGUAAAUGCCGGAAAGCCGCCUCCCGUUGAAGUUGGGAACAUCUCUACAAUCAAUGAUGCUGUAAAUUUCAAGAUAUAUUAUGGGCACACCUUCAAAGUCAUCAAAAAUGUCAUUGAUGGAAAAAGCUAUCUUCUUAUCCAGAAUAAGUCAAGAAUGGCAGGGAGGACAAGAUACUGCACAAGUAGGAUGAAAUCCUUCGUAGUUCCAUUGUCGAAUUACUCACUUGAUACUGAUACAUUUCCAGGCUUCCCAGUUUCUUUCCUUGAGGUAAGGAUCAUUUCAUGGGCCUUUCUGCAAACUUGUCUUCUAGGUUUGCUUGGGACUUGUAAGGGUAUCACGUCGAAUGACAUGGCAUCUGAGUGUUUGUUGAAGUUAUACGAAGGAGGUGAACUUACAAUUGUAAACAAGAAUGAAACAGAACAACUUUCUCAGUUUUCUGCUUACUUUACUAGUUCAACGGAUCAACCACAAACCUGCAAUAUUGCUACAUUUCUACCAUCUUCUGAAGAUUACCCUCUUCAGCGUGCAGAGUGGAUCAAGUACAUCGCAGUGUUUGCAAACUUGGAAUUCAGAGCAAACUCUAUUUAUGAUGCAGUUAAGCAAAAUUACCUGUGCUUGGCCAAUAUAUCAACAAGCAGAGCAUCAUCCUUCAAACCUGUUGUUGCUUGGAUGUAUUAUGAAGAUGGUAUAUGGUCCUUCACAACAGAAGCCUACAAAGCGAAGUUUGUGCAAGAUGCAGGUGGAGAGAAUAUCGAUACCUCCAUCAACAAAAUAACCUACAACAUAUCAAUUCCUGAUGAUUUGGACCAACUUCAUGCUAUCUUAUGUUCGGUGGAUGUGGUGAUUGAUGAAACAUACACGUUGGACCCAGUUGCAUACAACAUUACUACAUUCCUCGAAAAUGUUGGAGUAGAGGAUCAAUCUUGCUUUGCUUUUUUAACAAACGAAAGUGUAUGGAGAUAUGACAAGAAAAUUCAGAAUAACACUUCACUUGGAACAACAAAUCCCUCGGGUUGCUUCAUGUAUAUCUCUUCUUCAAGAUCUCCGUGAAGAAAAGCAGUUUUGACAUCGAGUUGCUCUAAGUCCAUGUCAAACAUAGCAACUAAUGCAAGAAGGACUCUAAUAGAGGUAUGAGGUACAAUAGAAGAGAAAAUUCCAUUAAAGUCAAUAGCUUCUAUUUUAUUGCAGUGUUUAACAAUAAGGUGUGCCUUCUAUCUUGCAGUUUUGACUCGGGAAUUCCUUCCUUUUGCUUGUAAAUCCAUCUAUAUGUAAGCACCUUUUGGCCUUUAGGUAGCUUUACCAGAUCCCAAGUGCCAUUCUUGUGGAGACUUUCAAUGUCCUCAUUAGCCACGAGCCAAUUAGGUGAAUUUGGAUCCGAGAUGGCUUCAGAAUAAGUAGAUGGCUCGACCCCAACUAGAGUUUCUUCACCUAGUGUGAGAGCGUAGGCAACCACUUACUCCUCUUCUGGAUAUCUCGCAGAUCUCUUUUGUCGCGUUCUCGGACGAUCUCUUGCGAGAUUAUAAUCAGGUUGUUGUAGCUGCCUCGAAUCAGUGAUGAUUGGAACAUAAUCAUCAUCAUGUUCUUGAUUAAUGGAUUGUGAGCCUAAGGAAGAUCCAACAUCAA